GCAAGACCAGAACCCAUGUUCAUGGGCGUGAUCAUGUUACUUGAGAAACAGAUUUCACAAGAUAAUGUUUUAAAUUCGAACAUUUCAGAUAAAAAUAAGCAUUUAUUAAACAUUUCAGACCAAAAAUCUACCAAUAAGCCACGGUUUCUGUUAUCAAGUUUUUGAUAAAUUAGAAGCGGCUUUGAGGAAAAACAUGCACUAUCAAGCACAGAUGGAGUCUCUUAUGUUGGGUGAAGAACGCAGACGCGGAAAUUGCGUUAGGGACGCAGAUGCAGAUGAAGGUUUUAUAUCUCCCUCUUCUUUUCCAAACUCUCCUGACGAUUCGGCCCGUCGUGGUUCAUUUUCUUUAAGGAGAGGACUGUCUAAACAUUACAAAGGUAAAUCACAAUCAUUCUCUUCGUUGUCGGAAGCGCUAACCGUAGAAGAUCUCGCGAAACCUGAGAAUCCUUUCAACGCAAAGCUAAAGCAGCGACGGGAGAACCUUCACUGUCGUCGAUUCUCCGGACCUGGCGGCGCAUCAGAGAGAAACUUAGGCGGCCAAGACGAUUUCCUAGCCGGAAACGAUAGGCCGCCGCGACUUUCUGGUAACAGGCCGCCUAGAGCCCAGACGCUCUCUGCCGCUCAUAUAUCGUCUUUGGUUACUCGAAGCUAAACCGAAACGUUUUAUAGAUUAUUCUCUCUAAAGGAACUAGGUUUCGUUUGGGACGAUGUUUCUUGUAGCGUACGUCUUCUAAAUUGUAUGUGAAUGUAUAACUUAUAAGUAUUUUGACUUCGUAGUGUAAUUUUUAGUUUAUUUCAAAUUAGCUGCCUACACUUCGCCGUAUAUACAAGAGAUUUAGGGAACUUUAUAAACACCAAAAGCUCUAGGACAAUUUUGUACUACAUAAGAAAUAUUUCCAAGAGUAAGAAAUAACAAGAAUGAGAUGUAUAUGUAUGUUAUUGAAUAGUAUACUGUACACACAGCACUUUUUGAAGUCAUAUAUAAUCAAUAAAAACAAAUUAAAAGUAAGAAUCAGAAGAAACUGGCAAGAUAUUUUUAAUAUUUCUGAGCCAUUAGACUGACAAGAUCAGUUAGUUUUUGUCUUCGUGAUAUUCUCAGCUCUUUGUAUCCAAGAAUCGUUGUCCUCUUCAAUGAACAACGUUCUCUCUUCCACAUUGUGAAUAAUAGGACGAGAGGUGUUACAACACACGGUGACUGAUCAUCUUGGAAGUAAGUGAAUUUACAUUCUUUGUUUUAGGUUUUACUAUAUAGGUUUUAGGCUAUGAUGGUUGAUCUGCGAACGCAACAAAAAGUAGACUAAAAGGUAUUCGGACCCAUCAUAUUAGAGUAAAUUUUCUCACUACUUUCCUGGAAUGGAAAUAUUAUCUAAGAAAAAAACAAAUGAUAGAAAAAAAUGUUUACUCCAAAUAUAAAAUGAUUUACUCCAAUUUACCACUCAGUUUUUACCACUUGUUUAAGUGGGAACCCAUAUUAUUUAAUAAAAAAUGAUAUUUUCUUAUUCUAAGAAGUAUAGAGUAUGGUACCGCCUUCGUCUUAGAAUGUGUCCUUUUAUAAGAUGUUUAGGAAAAAGAACAGCAGUGUUUUAUAAUUAAAAAUAAUAAUCCAAAACAAGAAAUCACAGAAAUAAACUCAAAAACAGAACUAUAAGUCUAAAUUUAACCUUUUAUAGACCAAAAAGUCCAAAAAAUUAUCCUAAACAAAGUUUGCAUCAGCUAUUGGUGUAAGAGCAAAACUGCUUUACGGAACUAGUAAAUAAAGAAUCGCUGAACUGUUUAAAAACGGCUUGUGUACAGUCUUCAUCGAUCUCAACAAUGGCCUUGCAACAUUCUGGUCCUAUAGUUAUCUGACGGUUGAAGAAUGACCCGAAUAUCUCAGCCAUGCAGGCCUCUCCGU